CAGCAGGCAGGCAGACACAGGACCACACCGUGUCCGGGAGGUCAGGAGCAGGUUGCUGCAGCAGCGGGCUAAGAAGGAAAGGCGCAGCCAUGAAUGCACAAAUGAACUCGACGUUCCGCGGCGCGGCGGCGCAGUUUAUUUCCAAGCAGCACCCCAUCACACACAAGCAGGAAGUUUGCCGCCUGUACCGGGCCUCGUUGAAGCUGCUCGAUUCGUGGGCGAUCGACAGGACCGUUUUUCUAGAGGAGGCCACCAAAAUCCGGGCAUCGUUCGAUGAAGGGUCCAAGUGCGGACCAGACAGCGCCCGGGCCAAGGCUCUCAUGCGAGGAGCCUACAAGAUGAUUGACGAACACGUUCACGUCGACAGAUACAUCCGGCCAUACAUGCCGUCCGGUAGCAGUUUCAUGCGCAACCCGCCGCCCCCGCUGGAGGCGUGCUACCCUCUCGGAAUUCCGGACGAAGUCUUGGCGGAGCUCAAGGGGGUCCCGAUGGAAGUGGAGGUGGAUAUGUCUAGGCCGGAGGAGGGAAGGAUGUCCAAGGCCGGUCAGGUUCUGGUUGACCUGGCGACUAAGCGCGUGUACUAGAAAGCGAUAGGUUGAACGACAGCACACUCGGGGUGGUAUAUCGCAUCCUUUCUUCCGAGCAGUUUUUUAUGGACUAACCUAGGCGACGAUUCUCGGAGGCCAUCCGCCAAAUGGAUCGGAAUGAAUGACCACGUGUCCGUUGUUGCUACCAUCUUUAUUCGCUUGGAGGACAAGCGAACGAGGUUUGUUGUGCGCCUCGGGUUUGUAUACUCGUGGACGUAUGCGUUUUUUGCUAAAAGGGGACGGGGUGACGAUGGAAUGAAAAGGCGGGAUGAAAAGGCGGGUGAGGGGGUGAUGCGAAACAGAAACGCGACAUAAUAGCGUACGGAAGCCGGGCGCGGCACCUCUUUUGAAGUGGAGGAUUUUGCAGUAAUGACUUCGCUGCAGAGGAAUCUCUUGUGUCUACUCCUGCAGCGCUAUCUGCCACAGCGCACUUGUUCUGCGGCUGGCAGCCGCUAGAUGAGACAGAUGUUUUGCGAGAUUCUAUGGUUUUGCUUGAGAGACAAAUAUGAGCCAUUCGCGGAGCUGCAAUUCGAGUCGGCGUUCACCGGACGUCAGUACCAGUUAAAGCUCAGGGCUGAGAUACAUUGCAGGGAAUGUGGCUUUCGCUUAGGGUAAUCUCUCCUAAGAGGAGGAUAAAUCUUUUCUCACGACGAUGUGCUGGAGUUCUGUCGUUCAUGGGGUUCGUUGUUACGUGGUUGGUCACAGACAGACGUGUCACCCCGCGUGAUUGGUUUCCGGGGUCGAUAUUUUUUUUGAAGCUUUCGCGUUCAUUUUUUUCAUUGAAAGCUGGAGCAUCCACGUGAAUAUCCGACGUCUAGGUUUGAACAUUCCCUGAAACUCGCAUGUGAAAAUCGUUCCAACUGUUUCGCACGCACCAGACGCAUGCUUCUUGUAUGU